AUGGUUGACCUUUUACCAUCUGCUCUCAGCCUCAGCGAGCGGCUGGAGAAACAGCAGACGGCCAACAGAGGAGAGCUGGAGAAGAUCCGGAUGAAGGUGGAGGGCUGUGAGAAGUGCAGCAUUCUCUUCAGUAAGGAGGGCCGUCUGAAGGUGCUCAGGACUCCCAAGGAGGGCAGUGAGGAGGACACGGAUGAGGAGAAGGAGGCUCUGAAGAACCAGCUGAGAGAGAUGGAGCUGGAGCUGGCGCAGACCAAGCUACAGCUGGUGGAGGCUGAGUGCAAGAUCCAGGAUCUGGAGCAUCAUCUGGGUCUGGCUCUGAACGAGGUCCAAGCCGCCAAAAAGACGUGGUUCAACAGGACAUUAACCUCCAUCAAGACUGUGACAGGAGCUCAGGGCAAAGAGAGCGUCUAACAAGACACACAUCCAGAGACUAAACACUCCAGCCCCAUCAUCAUCUUCCCCCAUCCGGCUCGACCCCACAGCUUCUAGGGUACCAGCUACCCCAUUUGAAACACAAGUACUUACUGAAAGAAAAAGGCUUUAACGCUAGUCUUUCUACUACUGAUGAUGUUAAACGUCUGGGGUGUGUCGCUGACCAACAACGCUCCUCUGGGGGAUAUUAACAUUUCUAUCUGCUGUCCUACUCAAGACUACUUGCACAAAGUCAACAGACGGUACGAGUGCUGCCGGAAAACUAGCUUGGGUCCUAGCGUGACUUUCAUUAUUGUAAGAAGAGGGCAAAUGUGUUGAUUGUGUGCAUGUGCGCGAGGUCUGCUUUUAUUGUACAGUGCAUAUGUGAAUAUGUUGGCCAACAUUGUGGUUCUCAGAGGAAAAGUAAAACAGGAAGAUGGUAGCACACUGUACAUAGACUGUACAGUGAACUUUUAAUUAAAUUCCUCCUCCAACCACUAGCUGGCGCCCUUCUGAUAUUAACAAAAACAGUAAAUGGUGAUUGGGGUGUAGGCAUUAUGUCUAUGCGAUGCCAUACACAACCAGAUCAGUGAAGUCUGCUUGUGUAUGUGAAAGGUUUUACAGUAGCUGUUCAUCAUGACUAACAGGAAACACUUAGGCACAUCUGGAGGUAAAGAAACUGCAGCAGUCGCUUUGGGGAAGGUGUUUACACCUUACAGACAUAUUUAUAUUAAUAUCAGGCUUGCUAGAGUUAUUGUUGUUAUUAAAGAAGACAAAUGAGGCCGCUCUAAAAGGCACAGGGUUGUAAAUAGCAUUUUGUUUUUUGGAUUAAUUUUAUAUUUCAACUUUGGUAACUGUACUAAUGUUGCCUAAUUGUACUGUGCUACAGAUUAUUACUCAUGAUUUGCUUUGUCUGAAUUUCCAACUGCUGUCUGAUCAUUACAUGCCAACUGUACCUUUUACCCAGCAUUACAUGCGUGUGGACAUGGUAAUAGUGUAGGAUGCAUUGUGUAAACCUCCAUGAAUUUCAAUAUAAACCUAUGAAUACUUC